AUGGGGGAGAAAAAACCUGAAGCCCUGAAAAUGAAGCGGGAAAUUGGUUUGACUGGAGCUGUAGCGCUGGUAUCAGGAACUAUGAUCGGAUCUGGUAUCUUCAUGUCCCCACAGUAUAUACUGACUGACAUGGGAAGCCCUGGAGCAAGUCUGGUGAUAUGGGCUCUCUGUGGAGUUGUAGCUGUGUUUGCAGCAUUGUCCUAUACCGAGCUUGGGACAGUCAUUCCUGAAUCUGGUGGGGAGUUUGUGUACAUACUGAAAAUCUACGGUCCAUGUCCUGCUUUCUUUCUAGCAAUGAAUUAUAUGCUGAUUCAGCAGCCGUUCAGCCAUGCAGGACAAUCAAUUAGCAUUGCAGAAUAUGUUCUUGCAAUCUUUUACACCGACUGCCAUCCUCCUCAGCUGGCGGUAAAGUGUGCUGCAGCUGUGGCUUUACUAAUUGUAGCUACAGUCAACAUCUUGAAUGCCCGGAUUGCCGUCAGAAUCCAAGUGGUCUUCUUGAUGGCGAAAGUGAUAGCAUUGAUAUUCAUCAUAACUGGAGGAAUUGUGGAGCUCAUGCAGAGCAGCAGUGUCAUCGCCGAAAAUCUUAAAAUUGAGAAUGCAUUUAAAGGCACUCAGUUCUCUUUGAGCACUCUAGGAAUGGCUUUUUAUCAAGGACUCUGGUCUUAUGCUGGCUGGAACAACUUGAACUGCGUCACUGAGGAGCUCAAAAGACCAGAGGUGAAUCUUCCCAGGGCAGUUGUGGUGUCCAUCUCUCUUGUGACUGGCUUGUAUCUGCUGGUAAAUGUGAGCUACCUGACAGUAAUGACUUCCAAAGAGCUCAUGUCCUCCAGUGCAGUUGCAAUGACGUGGGGGAAUAAGGUGUUGGGGAGCUGGGGCUGGAUCAUGUCUAUGGCUGCAGCCUUGUCUGCUUUUGGUUCAUUGAAUGGGUCUUUCUUCACUGGUAGCCGUGUGUGCUUUGUUGCUGCCAGGGAAGGACACAUGCCAGAUAUUCUGUCCAUGGCUCACGUCCACAGACUGACUCCAUCUCCAGCACUGAUCUUUACCACUGCAAUCUCUCUGCUGGUGCUGAUCCCUGGAGACUUCAAGAGUAUUAUCAACUUUUUCAGUUUCACUGCCUGGUUUUUCCAUGCCAUCGUCCUGUCUGGACUUCUCUAUCUCAAGAUUAAGAAACCAGAGCUCCCCCGGCCGUACAGGGUUCCCAUUAUACUCCCCAUACUGGUCUUCAUUGUGGCGAUAUUCCUUGUACUGGCACCCAUCGUAGACAAUCCUCAGAUUGAAUACCUCUAUGCAACUUUAUUUCUCUGCAGUGGAGCUUUUAUUUACAUACCCUUCAUCCAUUACAAGCUCUGCCCGGGGCUGUUGAACAAGUUAACAGUGUUCCUGCAGCUGUUCUUAGAGGUCGCCCCAGCAGAGAAAAACCUGUGAUUUGGGCAAAAGAAAAAGGUGUUUUCCAGUUUUAUUGCUUGUGCUUCAAUAAAAACUUAGUAUUACCUCCAAAUUUGACUGUCUUUGAAUUUAAGUAAUCUGAUAUAUAUAUGUAUAUUGAAUAUGAAUAUAUUGUCCUCCACAGGUGCAUUAAGCGCCGCUGUAUUUUUCUCGUUGUUAGUCAAUUUAGAGAGCAC